CGGGACUUUUAAAAUGAUGUUAGUGUAAUAAAAGGAACAAAUAUAUUAUACAUUUGUAAGGAAGUAUUAUUUGUUUAAUAAGCCUAACAACUAAACACAAAAGAAAACCACUGAAAUUAAAUUAUAGUAAAUUUUAAAUUGGUCUUUUCAUUUUUUGAAAGUGUAAAAACAUUAGUUACUAGUGAUGUAUAUUCAAAGAAUAAUUAACAUCGAUUAGUUAUAAUUCAAAUACAUACGUUACAUAGCCUAUUUUCGAUAACUCUUUUUGUUUGACUGUUUGGUGAUGUUACCUAACUGACGUUUUUUAUUAGCAAAAUUGAUUAAUAAUUAGUAAUACAGGCUAUAGACAGCAUACUAGUAAUAUACUACUAUAGGUAAUAGGAUUACGUCUAAGGUGGUAAUCCCUUAUUUUUAGGGCAAAAAAAAAUAAUACCACCUAGCUAGGACUAGGAGUUGAGUAACAUUUUUAUACUUUUUUUUACCGACUUGUACUUAUGUUUAAUAAAAAUAACAAAUAAUGUUAUUUACUAAAUUUUACGGUGUGAUUCAAUGAUUGACGCCAAUCCAAUACUGAAACUGAAGCCCUAUAAUUCAUAACAUACAUAUUACUAUUACUAAAUUAGUAUUACUAACUAGGCCUAUAUAAAUAUAUAAAUAAUGUAAUAAUAAUAUUUAAUAUAUAAUUUAUGUUUACAGACCUAGUAUUUAGGGGCUUAAAGUAAAUGAUAAACCAUUGUGAAACCUUGUCCACUUUCAAAAAGUCCCUUAAAACCCAUCUGUUUAGGUCCGCCUAUGACCUGUGAUGCACCCUCCUUGCCCUGCCUCAUUUUCUGUCUCGGGUUGAUCCUGUAUUUAAGUAUAUGCCGCUAAAACGUGCCAAAUGUACUUGUUUUUAUAGCCAUUUUAAUGUUUUAGCUACUGUUUUCAUUGUCAUUUUUCACAUUGUAGUUACUAUUCUAGUGUCUCUGGUUUUUCAUUUUUAUUUUACUUUUGCAGUUUAAAUAGUUUACAUAUUUUUAAUAAUUGUAAAGCGCUUAGAGCUGUAAGGUAAGCGCUAUACAAAAAUUCCUAAAUAAUAAUAAUAUAUAAAAAUAUUAUCAAGGCACUUAAGGGGCUUAAUAGUAGUAGCAGGACAGUGAUACCAUGCAUUCUGAUCUAUAGACCGAGUGUCUAAAAAUGCAAGUGACAAUGAUAACAAAAAUUAAUCCUGAAUUAUAUAUAUUUAUUAUAUACUGAUUUUGAUGUUGUAGUUUAUACACAACAACCCAUAAGCCUUGAAAAAAUGUUGGUUGUCAGAGUCCUUUUGCCCGACCCCUGCCCCUACACUGUUACUUAUGGCUCCGUUGUCUAAGAUGACAAUAUUACACAGCAGCACUGUACUCUUAUAGACUCACACACACACCAAAGACUCUAUGCGCCAACAUUUCAUAAAAUAAUACUGUUCAUCUUUAAUAUACUGUCUGAGGCAGUAAUGUAAAUAAUACCAGUAUUGUAUUGUACACAAUUCAUCAAUUCACAAUCCGCAACAUUAAAAAAUGGCGGAGUCUAUUACAUGACUAUUGAAUUCAUUCAAGCUGACUUAAACUAACUACCUGACCUCUCUCUUUAUACGUAUGGGGAACUCUUAACUGUCUAACCUUAAUACCGACCACACUUGUUUAUUUUUCAUUACCUUUCAUCGAAUACCAAUUUAGAUAUUUAUACCACUGAGCCUCACACUCACCAUCACAAUUUCAUUUAAAACAGUGAUUAUCAUUCCUUGACAGGCCUUAACACCAUCAAUGUAAUAGGAAGUAUGAACAUAAUUAUUAAUAUACACUUACACUAUAUUAUUAAAAUUAUAACUAAGUAUGUAUUAUAUAAAAAUAGGGCUAAGCUUGAUGAUAUGAGUAGGUUGUAUUUGUAUACCCUACAUUAUACUAACUAACUCAAAUUGCUAUGGCCUGAAUGGACAUAUUUUCUAAAAUAAUUAAAGUCUCUGCUAAAAAGGUAUAGACUUAUACUUAUAAGUGAGGUAAUUUAUUGUAUCAUACCAAUUAAAGUAUAUGCCCUUAAAUUUAAAAAAAAAAUUGUAAUUUUUAGUCAUAGUGAAAGAAUUAUAAUCAUCAUACCUACUGUUCCUAAGUAACAAAUUAAUUUUCUUGGCUUAUCAUAAAUGUCUUACACUGCCUCAGUAGCAGUUGACAAUUAAAGAACUUAAAUGUCUUUGUUUUUUUUUGGGUGUAAAGUUAACAAUUUUCACUAUAAUGGUCCUAUUACACUUAACAGUGUGUGGAAUGAAUUUAAUAAAAUUAUUUUUUAUAUUCUAAAAUAAUUGUUAGUUCAAAACCAAAUCACCCAAUUUUCAUUUCAAAAUCAUUUCACUGCACUCCUUUGAUUGAAUGAUUCAAAGUUUUCAAACUUAUAUAGUUUUAAUUGUUACUGAUCUACAAAUUAAUGAUUUGUGACUUUUAUGUUUAUACUGAUUAAUUUUCACUCAAUAAAAAAUAUUUUCAGUAGUACUGGAGCACAAUUGACAUGGUUUGUUAAACCUUUUGUUUUUUCUUUAAAAAAAGUUAAAUUUUAAUAUUGUAUAUUUCUGGCAUUGUUAAAGAGACGUAUAGCACUUAUUUAAAAAAUGUAUUUUAUAUUUCUUCAGAAUACUUGAAAAGUAAUUUUAAUCUUAAGAAGUCAUGGAUGUUAAACUGUUAGGGCGAGCACUUCAGUUACAUGGAGUUGACCUACUAAGAUCCCUGAGCAAUGAACAGCAAGAGCAGCCAUCAUCAGCUGUAUUAUCAUAUUUAGAACGACACCAAUCACAAGAGCCUGAAAUAAAGUUGGUUUUUUUUUUCUUAAUUUAAAACUUCUAUUUUUCCAGAAUUUACCUUCAAUACCCGUAUAUUAUUAGUACUUGGUAAUUAUGGGGAAAUAUGAUUUUCAUACUUUCUUUUUAACUGCCGUUAUUAACACAUGCACUUACCAAUUCAUUUAAGCCUUCAAAGUCUUUGUUUCAAAUUUUCAGAGAUGAACAGUUUCGGAAAAAAAUUAAUGCCUUUAUUGGAAAAAAAGCAGAUAUUUUGUUUCACCCCAUAUCAGAAGAUGAAAAGAACCUGAGAAAAAAUGAUGAAAAUAUUGACGGUUAGUAAAUUAUUUAGUAAAUUUAUUAACUUUUUUAUUUUAGUUAUUUCAAUGCUUUAAAAAAUAAUGCUUUAUUUUUAAUUUUUUUUUUUCGUAUAGAUUCAUUUGCAAUAAUGCCUGCCUUAGAAGUAUUUAUGGAUGUACCUUCACAAUUACGCAGGGACCACUUUUUACGAGUAAGAACAUUUCUCUUAUUUUUUAUUUUAACAUGGCAGCUAUAUUGAUAUAAUUCACUAAAAUAUUGUAAAAUAGGUUUUUAUUAAGCUUUAUUUUUAUGUAUUCUCCUGUUUCAUUGGGAGUUUUUUCUAAAAAGAAACUAAAUUUAUUGAUACAUCAUUUUUCAUCUAGAGCAUACGACCCAAUGAUUGUAUGACAGGAGUAGUUACUUCAAUAUUAGAAAAUGGCUUGAAGGUUCAUUUACUUUGUGUUGACAAAGGAGCUGCAAGAGAUAUUGAAGAUCUUAAUAUUAUGGUCAGUUGGUUCAAUUCUUUAACUUUUUUAAUUUUAAUUUUAGUUUAAAUUCUAAGAACAUUUUAAAUGCAACCUGCCCCUGUCAACCCCAAAUUAUAAUUAAAUUAAAUAAAAAUAGACAGCUUAUUAAUGAUCAUUUAAGGCUCCAUUGAGAUAACUUAUUGUUUAUUCAACUCAUUCACAGGCAUUUUGUCCGGCUAAAGAGCUGCCCAAGCUCUAUGCCCACGAAAGUGCUCUUGAUGCAUUUCAAGAAAAAGAUAUUGUAAGAGGUAUGGCAACACUCCUUUGCUUAAACAUAGAUCACGGAUUUACAAGAUAGCACACGAAGAAUAAUAAUUCAGCGAUUGCACUGAAUCAAUCACCAGCCUAUUUGUUAAAGAUGCUUAGUCAUCUAGAUGGUGAAACACUUUGGAAGGCAAUCAGGGAUUACAGAGUUCCAGAAAAAGAAAAUAAUCAGCUUAAGAAAAGAUAGAUAUAAUAUAAAAGGCAGUAUUAUCCUUAACAAGCAACCCAGAGAAAUUUUUACUUUAAUGUCCAGAGUAAAGGGGUGAUUUCUAGGCUUUCCCCUAUUCCCACUUGGCAUUAAUUUACCAAUUAUGAUUUCGAAAACUGACAGCAACCAGACAUCCAGUGGACAGGCUUCACCCCACUAGAAGACUUGGACUCAACUGCUGACAAGGCUCUACAAUAUCAAAAACCACACCAACAUGCAAAAUAUUAUUAUUAUUACAAGAACACGUGGAGAAGAGAACAGAGAGUCUGGGAGUGUGUGCAUGGAGAGACUUUAAUAUAGCUGCAGCAGAUAAGAGAACAAAGGAGACAGAACCUUGAUGGCCUUUGUCCCAACUUUGGGCACUACAUGAAUAGCAAGAAAAAAAAAAUAUUUUGAGCCAUUUAGCUUUAAUUGAAAUUAAGUUUAGAUUAAUUUCAUUUUUAUGGCUCUUGAUGUAUUAGAUUAACAAAACUUUUAAAUGCAAAUAAAUGCCUAUUAUAAAUCCCAUCCAUCCGGAUCCAUGAUGCCAUUUUAUAUUCCAUGUUAAAGGUAUUAUACUUUCUGUGGGCGCUGAUGCAGAGAGGAUUAUUAUGUCCUUGCAUGAAAAGUCCAUUCCUGAUAAAGAGAAAUACCCAAGAGUUGUAAGAUAUUUUUUAUGUCAAAUUUAUACUAGCAUGUAUACUAACAGGUUUUUAUAUAUUUUUAUGCUAUUGCCCUCCCACCACCCCCUUUUCUUUUUUUUUCCAUUAAAAAAUAUAUAUAUAUAUAUAUUAUAUAUAUAUAAUAUCACAUUUAAUUAAGUUAAAUAUUUAAAAGUUGUACAAAAUUUUUUAAAAUAAUGUUCAAUUGAAUUUUUUAGUUCUUGUUUUAAGACAUUUUUGUUUCUAUUUUCAGGGACUUAUUACUGAAGACGAGUUUCCUGUUUAUUUUAGGUACCUGAAAUAAGUUUUCAUUUUAUUUGUGAUUUAUAUCCACACAAGUUGAAACUGACAGAAUAAUGUACAAAAUAAUAUGAUGCAGAUUUUCUGUCUAUGUUGACAUUGAUCAUGAAAAAAAAUCUAGACUUUUCUUUUAAUUCCAAUGCAAUACUAUAAUUCAAAGUCUACAGCUUUAAUUGAUGGUUCCCAUUUCUAGUUUCUUCUUAGGGCAGUAGUUUACAAAAGUUUGAAUGUUAUUUUUCCCCGAAGCUUUAAUCCAUCACUUUAUAAAGAUGGAUCGUUCAGUACAAAUAGUGCUUUUGGGAACUAAAAAAUUUUUGAGUGUGUCAAAAUCUUAUUUUUUAUGACAAAAUGCUGACAUGUAUUCAUGCAAAAAGGUGAGUUUUAUUUUAAACAUCAUAAUUCAAAUUUUUCAGAUACAAAUUAUUAAUGAAUUCAUAUUUAUUUUCUGGUAACACCUUAUUCGAGUGUUAAAUGAAAUGUUUAAAUUUCACCACUGAAUAUGGUAUGAUACCACUUAAAUUUUAAGAUCUGUCCUAAACUGCUCUACUUUGUCUCACAGGCGCAAGUCUCAGAUCCAGGGAAUGUCUUACCAAGAGAUGCUGCACUCCAUACUUGGGUUUAACAACCAGGGCAAUGUUAAGGCACUAGUAAACCAGCAAGGAAUAGAAGAAACUGCAUCCUACUUGAGAUAUCAUGCCAGGUAAAAAAAGAAAUAAUGUUUCUUAUUAUUAUUAGACAACAAUUUUUAAUUUUUUUACAAUUUAUCACAGCCUGCAUCAAUGGACCAUGCUUUUUUCCCCAUUAUCACUAAUGGUACAAGUUAAAAGUGCAUUUUUACUUUCCAUGAUACAGCUGGAAUUUUUCUUAAACCCUUUCAGUAACAUGGUAGUAGUAGCCCUCAUUAAGAAAAAUACCCCCCAGUACCAGGCAAUCUGAUCAUAAGUUUUUGACUUAAUGAAUUUAUUAAAAAAUCAGUCUUUCAAUCAGUCAUAAAGAAAAUUACUGAUAAUUGUAGAGAAAAUGGGAAAUUUCAAUUUUAAUAAGUCUACAACAGGAUUUUUUCGUAACAUGGCAGAGACACAAGGGCCAUAAAGCCGUAAUGCGACUGAAAGGGUUUCAGCUUUGCUCCCUUAGUCUUUGUGCCUUACUAUUUUGUCUUAAGGGUCUCACACUAGAUUUCUCCUACAAGUUAAUCUAUAUUUUUUAAUUCUAUGAUGUCAGUCUAUGUGUUGCUGUAAAAUUAACUAAUUUCAUUGUAUUCUUUUCUUUUAUGGGUUUCCCUUAACCCAUUUUUUUUAGAUUCUCAGAUUUUAGUCCAGUAAUAUGAAUGACUAUCUCCAAUGUAUUUUUAAACCAAAAGCUUAAAUCUUUUUAAGUUUCAACUCUAAAAUAUUUUAACUGGUUUUCUCAGCAGGAACUUACUCUUUCUUUACUAUUCUGUUACUUAGCCUCAUAAAACUGUCUGUAGAAAUUAGAAAAUGUAAUAAAGUUUUACACAAAAAAACUCUUGUGUCCAGGUUAAAAGUCCCAGAGAAAGAGUAUGCUGAAGGUUUAAGAAAAUGGCAGUCUCAGAAGUUGGCCCAUCAGAGGUAACAGUUUGGUCCCAUAGAGUGUUUGGCUUUUCAUUAUGUUUCUAGCCUUGUGAAAACAUGAGUUUUUUUGUAUUUUUUAUGAAGGCUGGAUGGACAUGCAUAGUAUUGAUUUUAAAUAGAACAUAUUGAAGAAAUUUAUGUUUAUUACUGGUAUGUCAUAUUGAGAGAUGAAAAUCAAGUGGUCUCAAAAUGAUUAAACAAUGGCCACGCCUAUUGGACUGGCCUUGCCAUCAGCUGGUUAAUAAAAUGCAUUGUGUUGAACAUUAUCUACCGUGCGUUGAACACAGACACUCAGGCCUGUAAGGACUAACAAAACUUUCACUCCUGCUUACUUAGCAUCAGAUUGGAUUAAAUUUUGCCUGAAUAGCAAAAAAUAAAUAAGAACCCUUGUAAUAGAUCCUGUUUUAGAUUUCUAAUCUUUUCUUUUCAAGUUUGGAAAUUUGUAUUUAACAGAACUUUGUGUAAAAACAGUUGGUAAAAAAAAAAAAUAAUUAAAGGUUUCACCCUUUUAUCAAUUCACAAACAUCUAUAAUUUUUUAAAUUAUUGGAUAAACACAAUAAUAUUUGUUGUAAUUCUACACCAAAAAAUAUGUAUCACAAGUCAAUCACUCAAUUUUUUUUUUAAAACUACAGUGUGGUCCAAGGGGUUGAUAUGUUCAAAGAUGGCAAGUAUCUGGAGGCCAUGCAGCAUUUCAACAGAGCUUUGCAGAUAGACAAGGAGAAUGUGGAGGCUCUAGUGGCCAGGGGAGCCCUGUAAGCGAACAUUUUGUGUUGUACCCCUGUUGACAGGGCUUCUCAAACUGUGGGGGUUUCAAAGGUGAAGGUUUUAGUCUUCUGAGAGAGCAGAAUGAGCACAAUGUAUAUUUAUAAUCAUAAAGCAUUUAACUCUCCACGAAGAGAAUGAAAAUUUUGUCCAGUCUGAGGGAGGGGAGUGGAGGUGUGCUUGACAUAAUGUGUUCUGGCAAGAGGAGAAUAUUUGAUAACACUGAUUUAUAUUUUUAUAACUAAGACAGAAUAACUUUAGAUUCAAUAUAUCUCCUCUCACUCUCACCAAAAAAUAUAGGGUUUACUUUCCCUAGGGAUGGCAUUAUCAUUUUUGAAUUUCAUGGAUAUUUAUUUCUGAGGACACACAAUUUGAGAAACUCCUCAACAAAAAUGAAGUUAUUUUUAGAAGGUGUAUUGAUUCCUUGUAUUUUUUUUGAGAAUGCUAUAAGUAAACCGAUUUUUGGUAAAGAAUGUAUCACUUGUGUCAGUUCAACCACCCGGAAGGCAUCAUGAAAACAAAUGUGAUGGCCUCUACACCCCUUUGUAACUCCUUUAUCACAUUUUAUGAUAGCGGUCACUUUAAGGACCCCAUGAAAGGGCUUUGAGUCCAUGAGCACUGGGCUGUUAGUUUGAGACCACUGAUUUAAAUAAUACUUAUCACUUUUGUCUCAGCCACCUCCAAUAGAAAGUGAUUUCAUGUAUUUUAUUCCUGCUAGUGGCAGCGGUACAUGUGAUGUUCAGAGUGUACAUUUUGUAAAUCAAUAAAAUAUUUUUCAAAAUACAUUUUAAGAAUGUUCAAUUUUUGUGUGUGAAGAGAUUACCAAAAAAUGUCUAUCCACAACCCUUGAAUUCUGGAAGAGUUUUGGUUUAUCCAAAUGUUAUAGAGCUCUUGAUCCUCCAUAAAUAAUUUAAAAAUUAUUUAUUAAGAGUCUAGAACUCUCUUUUAAAAUUUUCUUUUUUUUUUGCGGCUUUUGUUGUUUUUGUUUUCUUGCGCUAUUUGAAUUGCAUCGAUUUAUUGCCAUUACUCUGUGAAGUUUCAAAAAUAUCCUCAAGGUAAGCAGUGCGUAGAUGAAACUUUAAACAAAAUGUUGAACUUACUUACCAUGCUUGUUAUCAGCAAGCUGUUAGUUAAGAUGGAAAGCGUAACUGACAUAUGCUCUUAUCUGAUAAAUAUUUUAAUAGACUACAUUAUUUUAGUUGUUUGUUUGUUUUUUGUUUUUUUUUCACACUAUGCCACAAAGGAUGGGCUUAUGAAAAUCAAAUUCUUUUCAUGAAGCGUUUUUUUAAAUGAAUUUUACUCUAUGUUGUUAAGUGACUACUGCAAUGACAUGAAUGACUUAACUUUCCCCAGGUACUGGACGUUUGAAGAUGUCAUAAAUGACAUUUGAACUCUAAACAAGUGUAGACAAAAAAUUAUACCAAAAAAAAAUAUUUAUCUUCUUCAAUUCUGCGUGUUUACUUUUGCAAGUUCAAGGCCAAGGAAAAAACCCCAACUAAUUAGCAUUUAUUAAUUCUGGAAAUAAUUACCAACCUUUGCAGAAGAUAGCAGAAGUGGAAAGUGGUUACUGAAAAAGGCAUAAGGGAGAUGAAUCAAUCUCAAGAAGCAGCCUCUGUGGAGGAUAAUUAUUAUUUAUUAUAGCAAAAAUCAAGAAAUCUUCCUCAAAGCCCAGUAAUACAUCAUGCUAAUGAUCACUUCAAUAGAAAUAUCAAAUGAUGAAAUCUGGGCAGGCUGACACUGGCAGAGGUAUUAACACAAAUUUUUUGUUUUGUUUUAUGCUAGCCAAAUUGUUUUCAGUUCUCAUCUGUUUGAUAGGUGGUUUUGACCUGAUUGGUCAUAGAACAUUGGCUGAUAAGUUAUUACUUUAAAUAAGGGUCUAAGCAAGUAAGGAACCUCCACGGCCUGAUUGGUCAUAGCACAUUGGCUGAUAAGUUAUUACUAUAAAUAAGGGUCUAAGCAAGUAAGGAACCUCCACGGCCUUCAGCAUAACUUUCAGCACAGUCCCAACCACCCCAUCAACCAACCCAUCAACGACCUCAUCAACCAAACCAUCAACCACCCCAUCAACCAACCCAUCAAUCACCCCAUCAACCAACCCAUCAAUGACCCCAUCAACCAACCCAUCACCCAACCCAUCAACCAACCCCAUCAACCAACCCAUCAACCAACCCCAUCAAUGACCCCAUCAACCAAACCAUCAACCAACUCAUCAACCAACCCAUCAACCAACCCAUCAACCGACCCCAUCAACGACCCCAUCAACAAACCCAUCAACCACCCCAUCAACCACCCCAUCAACCACCCCAUCAACCAACCCAUCAACCAACUCAUCAACCAACCCAUCAAUCACCCCAUUAACCAACCCAUCAACCACCCCAUCAACCACCCCAUCAACCAACCCAUCACCCAACCCAUCAACAACCCCAUAAACCAACCCUUCAACCACCCCAUCAACCAACCCAUCCAAGAUUUUAAUGACAGAAAGAAAGUACAGGGUUUACGGGGGUCCUAGUAUCUCCAUGUGUUGUUGUGUUUUUUUAGAUUUAAUAAAUACUUUUUGAGAACACCUGUGAAGGCAAUGACUAUUGGAGACUUUUCAGGCUUUCUUAGAAUUUUCACAAAGAAGAUUAGACUUAAUAUGGAUUAUAUGUGGUUUUGGAAAAUAAUGAAUAAAAUCUCUUAUUCACUUUCAUGUUCAUCUUGGAGCUUAUAUUAACAUGAAUCCAUUCGAGUUGAUUAUACUCUGUCUUGCUGAUGACAUGCGUUAACUCGUAUUGCAAAUCUGUUCAAUCAUGUGUACUUUCAGCUAUGCCAACAAAGAAAGUUUCAGUCAUGCCAUCAAAGAUUUCCAAGAAGCACUUACCAUCAACCCCAGACACAGCAAUGCAAAGAAUUACCUCCUGGAGACGUUGCUGGCUGUUGGGAAACAGUAAGGUUUUACAAUUUUUUAGUGUAAUGAUUGUCAAAUGAUUAGCGACCAGCGUGGCUCCUCUGCAGGAAUGUGUGAUUAAGUGAAACACCACCCAUGUGUAUGGAGCACAAUGUGUGUUAGGAGCGGGCUGGUAAAAGAGUAUAGUAAGGGAAACGCUAGGCAAAAUGAGCCCUGUUUUGGAGUAUUUCCUGUAGUAAUAGUAGUGCUACGGCUUUAGGAGCAUUACCCAUUCUGUAGUACUACUUUAGGAGCGUGACUGUAGUGCUACUUUAGAAGUGUUACUGUAGCACUGCUUGGGAGCAUUACUGUAGUACUACUUAAAGAGAGUUAAUGAAGGCGCAAUACUGUAGUUCUAUUUUAGGGAGUGUUACUUCAGUACUAUUUUAGGAGUGUCACUUUAGUACUAUUACUAUGUUAGUGUUGAUACUAUAAUACUAUUUUUAAAUUUAAUGUAAUACUUUAGUACUAUUUUAGGGGUGUUACUACAGCACUAUUUUAUUUUGUUACAUUAGUACUAUUUUGGAGUGUCAUUUUAGUAUUAUUUUGGAGUGAUGCUAUAAUACUAUUUUAAAUUUAAUGUAAUACUUUAGUACUAUUUUAGGGGUGUUACUUUAGUACAGUUUUGAUGGUGUUGCCUACAUAAAAUAAUGGGCUUCUAUCAACACGAUGAAUGUGUUAAAUUCUCAUUACAGAUGUGAGGACAAACGAAAGCUGGAGGAGGCUUGUGAACAUUACUCUCAUGUUUUGAGGGUCGACCCCGACAACUCUGAAGCUAAAGAGCUACUCAACAGCUGCCAACGUUUGAUUGUAAUAAUAUUACGUUAUUUAAUUUUAGAACUUUUUACAUUGGUCAAGAAGGAUCUUGCUCCACCACCACUCCCGCCAUGUUUUUACUUUGCUGUCAUACCUGCCAGUGUUUUGGAAUCAUCCGGGAGAGCUGCAUAUUGAGGAAAAACAAAGUGCACAUAUUCCUAAUGCGCUGCCUUACUUAAACAUUGCACUAGAGGUUACUGCUGUCGUAAAUCUUUGUAGGAAAAGUUUCUUUUAUUUGAUAUUGCUAGAUGACCAGUUGUGGAAGUACGGUAGAUCUAAAUUUUCAACUCUGUCUGCAUAUAAAUCACCUGCAGAAAAAGUGCUCUCAUAGUUCUGUGUGAAAUGGCUAAACACCCCAGGUGGUUCAUUGGAUGACAAUGUUUUUUAAAAAAUUUUUCCCGUUCGCUUUAGGUCUUCCAAACAGCGUCCAGCGUUUCCAAAAAGAAAAACCCAGAGGGAAAAAACAAGUCUUCGCUGAUCAGGGAGACCGCAGAGAAGCUGAAAGAACUCAUACAAGAGGAUGAAAAAAUUAAGCCAAUGUAACAUCCACACCGUUUUUUAAAAAGAAAUUUUAGCUUUUCUUUUGAGAUUGUAUUAUAAUUAUAAUGAUAAUCUGUAAAAUCUAUAUUGAUACAAAACAACCAGACAAAUACAAAGCGUCCCCCCCCCUCCCCCCCAAUCACCACGAUAGUUUAAUUAAAUCCUCCUUGCCCACCACCAGUUAUUUUUUUAUAGAAUUGACUUUAUUUUAAUGGCAUUAGAUACUAAAAGGUACUUAAGCGCCUUGACCUCUUUAUCCUCAGUAAGCACAAGAAGAAAAAAAAGCCUCAACAGCAAAGCAAGAGCCGCAGCUCGUCAGAAGGAAGGAGAAGAAAACAAAAGAGGAAACGCAGCAGCAGCAGCAGCAGUAGUAGCAGCAGCAGUAGUGGCAGUGCUAGCAGUAGCAGCAGCAGUAGCAGUAGUUCCUCAAGGAGCAGGAGGAGGUCUAAAAAGGGCAGAACUAGAAGCAGGUAAAUUGUUACUGAUGUUUGUGUAACAAAACAUGGUGGCUUGAGGAGGUCUAAAAAGGGCAGAACUAGAAGCAGGUAAAUUGUUACUGAUGUUUGUGUAACAAAACAUGGUGGCUUGAGGAGGUCUAAAAAGGGCAGAACUAGAAGCAGGUAAAUUGUUACUGAUGUUUGUGUAACAAAACAUGGUGGCUUGAGGAGGUCUAAAAAGGGCAGAACUAGAAGCAGGUAAAUUGUUACUGAUGUUUGUGUAACAAAACAUGGUGGCUUAACUUCCAGUUUGUUCCCGGAAACUGCAACGGAAAUUGAGCUUCCAGCAAGAAUAAUAGAUUAAGCCAGUGGUCCUCAACCUUUCUAAUGCCCUGACCCUUUAAUACAAUUCCUCUUGUUGUGGCGACCCCCAACCACAAAAUUAUUUUCGUUGAUGCUUUAUAACCGUAGAGUAUAUGUGUUUUCCAAAGGGGUCGCGACCCACACGUUGAGAACCGCUGGAUUAAGCUCUUAAUGUGGAAUGUGUGGAAGGCUUUGAUUCAGCUCUGAAUUUUGAAUUGUCCAGUUCACUUUGAUUAAACUCUAAAUGUUGAAUUUAGCUGACCACAUUGAUUAAGCUCUGAAUGUUGAAUUGAGCAGAGCACUUUUAAGCUCUGAAUGUGACAUUGAGCAGUGCAUUUUGAUUAAGCUCUGAAUGUUGAAUUGAGCAGAGCACUUUUAAGCUCUGAAUGUGACAUUGAGCAGUGCAUUUUGAUUAAGCUCUGAAUGUUGAAUUGUCCAGUGCACUUUUUAUAUCUAUGAUUAAUCUUUGAAUGUUGAGUUGAACAGUGCACUUUUAACAGACAACUUUGGUCAAGCUCAGAAUCAAGCAUUCAGCCGAGCACUUUGAUUAAACUUCGAAUGGAGCUUUCAGGGGAGUCCUUGGACAAUCUGUUGGCCUCUAAAGUGUGUUUCAUAAUAUGAAAAGUAGCAAUAUAUUUUCUGCAUCAGAGUACUCAGUAUUUCAUGGAUGUUGAGGGAAUCAAGUAAAUCUAAUAGGUUCUAAGAGUAAAUUUGACUAAUUUGGAGGAGCCUACUUAUGUAUAGAUCAUAUUUACUAAUUGGGAGGAGCCUAAUGUGUAGAUGGUAUGUAUUAAUUGGGAGGAGCCUAAUCUGUAGAUGGUAUGUAUUAAUUGGGAGGAGCCUAAUGUGUAGAUGGUAUGUAUUAGUAUUAAUUGGGAGGAGCCUAAUGUGUAGAUGGUACGUAUUAAUUGGGAGGAGCCUAAUGUGUAUAUGGUAUGUAUUAAUUGGGAGGAGCCUAAUGUGUAGAUGGUAUGUAUUAAUUGGGAGGAGCCUAAUGUGUAUAUGGUAUGUAUUAAUUGGGAGGAGCCUAAUGUGUAGAUGGUAAGUAUUAAUUGGGAGGAGCCUAAUGUGUAGAUGGUAUGUAUUAAUUGGGAGGAGCCUAAUGUGUAGAUGGUAUGUAUUAAUUGGGAGGAGCCUAAUGUGUAGAUGGUAUGUAUUAAUUGGGAGGAGCCUAAUGUGUAGAUGGUAUGUAUUAAUUGGGAGGAGCCUAAUGUGUAGAUGGUAUGUAUUAAUUGGGAGGAGCCUAAUGUGUAGAUGGUAUGUAUUAAUUGGGAGGAGCCUAAUGUGUAGAUGGUAUGUAUUAAUUGGGAAGAGCCUAAUGUGUAGAUGGUAUGUAUUAAUUGGGAGGAGCCUAAUGUGUAGAUGGUAUGUAUUAAUUGGGAGGAGCCUAAUGUGUAGAUGGCAUGUAUUAAUUGGGAGGAGCCUAAUGUGUAGAUGCCAUUUACUAUUUGGCAGGAGCCUAAUGUGUGAAUGUUAUGGACUAAUUGGGAGGAGCCCAGACCUGUUUACUCUUACGAUUUUUGCUUAUGAUGUACGAUUUUGAGUUGUACACAUUAUAUAUACUGUAUGGUUUUUUUUAUUAUUAAGAUAAUGUAUUGAACAAUUUGGUGAUGGUAUUGCACGAUUUUCAGGGUUUGAGGGUAAACAAGUCUGAGCCCAAUGUGUAAAGAUGAACUUUAUUUUGAUAUGGCAAUCCAGAGUCAGCCUAUAAUCAUUAAACUAAAGUGGCCAAUAAUAAGAUUUUAAAACUUUUUUAUUUCAAACAUAAAGAGCCAAACCGGCAGUUAUAAAAUGUUUACUAAUUUAUUAUUAUAAACUUGAACCUAAAAUAGAUGUUGCAUGUUCUUAAAAAGCCUAUUAUUAGAAAUGUAUUAAGGUAGACCAAUAAUUACUAUGCAUACUAUUGAAACUUCUUCGGUGCUCAAAUGACAAGAACAAGUGAGGUUUGGGUUUUCCAAGGCCCAUCUCCUGAAUACUCUUAAAUGCAUUGAAACAUGUUAGAUUAGUCAACCCUCAUUCUCUCAGGUGAUGAAGAUUUUUGUCAUGUAUUUUUGAUUCUCAUUAGCAUAUAACUUGCAGCGGUUCAAUGUUCUCUGUUUCAUGUUUCAGAAAGUCACAAAGGGACUCUAUGGGUCAUGAGUGGCUGAGAGAAAAUCAGAGGCAGACUGGACGUAUCCGCUCACCCCCUUCAGAGUUGCAGUCAAGGCAGGAGGAGAAAACACGUAAUGCUGAUAAGAUGGGUAAGCCCAGGUGCUAGGUGCUUGGCUUCGGGUUGGCUCCAGUCCAUUGUGCAACUCAUGUGUUAAGUCUAAUUGACAAAAUCUAAAGCCAGGUCUGUUGCAAAGCUCAUGGUUAACACCAAGUCAUAUAAUAUAAUGAAAGUUUUUUUCCAAUUUCUUACUUAUUAUACUUUUUGUAAUCAAAAGGCAUCCUUAUUUUACUUUUUUUUAAAUCUUCCAUCCAGCUGGCGGGCCAGGCACUUCAAAAGAAAAGAAUCUAAAAGAGAUGAAAGAAAAUGAGGCCUUCGCCCAAGCCAUCCAAGCCCUGGCAGUGUCAUCCUUUCUGCCAGUCUCUUCUUUGGACUACUUCAAUAGCUCGGCAGCUAUUCCUGGGCUGGGCAGCCCCCCGCCGGGCAACACCGCAGAACCUCUUCGCCCGGGGGAAUCCAAAAUGGAGGCUACUUCUAGAGAAAUUGAAGGUGGUAUCAACAGGGAGAGAACUCCAGAGGCCAAAUUGAUGCGGAGGGAUGAUUACCUAAUGGCCGAGAGGGAGAAGUUCUACAAGGAUAACAAAGACAGGUACAAGAGAUUUCGACCACAUUCAAGGUCCUCCUCCUCUUCAUCUUCAGCCUCCUCCUCUUCUUCUUCUUCUGGGUCACGCGCAUCUAAAUCUGGUAGCAAAAGUUUGAAAAGCAAAAAGCACCAAGCUGAGGAAGAUAAAUCUGAUCAAGUCAAAAAUAAAAUGGUGACGGCAAAAAGACGUUCAUCUAGGGGAGUUCAAGGAUCUCUAGCCAGUAAAAGUACAUCACAGAGGAAAAAGGAUGAUUUAGGAGAAGACAUCAGUAGCUCAGGGCACAAAAAGUCAGCCUCUAGAAAAAGUAGAAGUAGGUCAAAGGAUGAAAUAGGCUCUUCUGAAUUUGGGGAGAGAGGUAGGUCACAGACUAGGAAAGGAGCUUCAGGACCCCGGGAUGACAGAAGUAGGUCAAAGGUUAAGAUUGGCUCUUCAGGUCAUCGGGAAAGCAGAAGUGUGUCAAGAGAUGAAAAGGGCUCUUUGGAUUCUCGAAUUAGCAGAGGCAGAUCCAGAAAUAGAAAAGGCUCUACAAGUCUCAGAGAGAGCAGAAGCAGAUCAAGAGACAAAAUGUCCCCCGCGGGCUCUCAAAUUAGUAGAGGAAGAUCAAGAGCUAGAAAGGGUUCUUUGGGUCCUUGGGAUGACAGAGGAAGGUCAAAGUCUAGGAAAAGGUCAUCAAGCCCUCGGGGUAACAGAAGUAGAUCAAGGAAUAGAAAGGGCUCUUCAGGUUCUCCAAUUGGCCGACGCAGAUCCAGAGAUAGAAAGGGCUCUUCAGGUUCUCCAACUGGCGGAGGCAGAUCCAGAGGUAGAAAGGGCUCUUCAGGUUCUUCAAUUGGCCGAGGCAGCUCCAGAGAUAGAAAGGGCUCGUCAGGUUCUCCAAUUGGUCGAGGCAGAUCCAGAGAUAGAAAGAGCUCUCCAGAUCCUCGUGACAGCAGGAGUAAUUCGCAAAGCAAAGAUUUACAUCGUAGUAGAGCGAGGUCUGGAAGUGGAGGAGGGCGUAGCAGCCCUGGAAGGAAAUCACUGAUCAGAGAAAUGGACACCACAGACAAAACACCAAUUAUCACAGGGGUCAAGGAACUGGACAUGUACCUGGGUGGGUCUAAAAAGCUGCUACAGCAUUCAGACAUGGGCAAGAAAUUUACAACGUGGGAAGCCUUUGUUAAUAUGGCAUCUCGAACCUCGAAGACCCUAAUAUCAAGAGAUAAAAGGCCUCCACCUUGGGAAACCAAAUCACAGUCUCCAGUGACGACCGACUGGAAAAGAAAUGAAGAACGCUAUGUUGAGCAGUACAAGUCACCUUGGUCUGAGACUCUGGCACAGGACUCGAGAAGUGAAAGGCAUCAUGACGGCAGCCGUCAGGACUGUGAAGAUGAUCAGAAAGACAGAUUCCAGGACAAGUCUGAUGAGAGGCAAAGUUCCAAAAGGACAUUGGAGGCCAGGGAUGCUGUAGGCAAGAACACGCCUCGACAGUGGGGGGACGACUGCAUUAGAGAAACGGGAGAUGAAAGAAUGAAUAAGGACAAAAGGGAGGAAAAAUCUGCUGAGGUGAAGAGGGACAAAGUGACAAGGAAAGAAAUGAAAGAACGCAUUGAGGGGUUGAAACAAUCUGUGCCAGCUUCCGCCGUGAGCCCGCCAGCAAAAGAUGAUGACAUUAAGAAACUUGAAAAACGAGAUGGGCAAGAAGUCAAGGAGUUCACUGGUAUUGGGAGAUUUGGCCCCAAAUUGAAGACGCCGGAGAAGAGCUCACCCAAGGAUGCAGAGAGAGCCAUGGAUUUCAUUAGUAAGGAAAAAGAAUCGGAGAAACCCCAGCCCGAUACAAAGAGGUCUGCUACAAAAGAGCCUAAACCUAAAUCGGCCAGUUUCAUGCCAAGGAUCCUGAGAAAGCCUAAAAUGGAUGAUCCGACCGUGUCCCGCCCAUUGAUAUCAUCGAAUGAGCUGGCUCAGAUCGAGAGGGAAAAAAGAAGAAAACUUGAGUUGGAGAGAGCCAAGCAAGACAGUUUGAUGGCAUGCGGUGAAGGUGCAAACACCGACAAGGGCAUAAAAAGUCAAAUGGCCGCCCAAGGCAAUGACCCAAGCCUGGGCCACGGUCAGAGUGACAGGGCGGCGACAGAUAGGCAGUCAAGGUGGGAUGUGAAGGCCCAGAAGAAUGUCAAAAUGUUGCCAGAUAAAACUGGAAUGGUAAACAAGACAGAGAGGGUAGAGGAUGGGGCUAGGUAUGAUAAGACAGGAGAAGGGGAUGAGAGGGCUGGAGACGAGAAAGAAGCCCCGAGGGAUCCAAAUCCCAGCAGACAAAGUGCCUUGCCUACCAAAGAAAGGUUGGUCAUGGUGAGGCAGAGAGGAGGUUAUGGACUUAAAAAGGAAAUUGAACCUGCAGAGAGGAGAAAAAAGGAUGAAAGUGACGUGUUCGGCAAGAGAGGAGAUAAUGAGAGGCAGGUGGGAGGAAAAAGUAAAGGAGAUGUUGGAAGUAAAUUAAAAUGGCUGAAGGAAGAUGAGAUUGAACGGGAGAUUGAGAGGAGGGUGCAUGAGAGGCUGAGGGAAGAGGAGAAGCUGAGGGAAAAGGAGAAAAUGCAUGUCGUUUCAGCAACAAGAAACGAUAGUCAGUACCAGACAGGAAGUCCCGGGGAUAGAUACAGGGACAGUCAAUCCCCAGAAAAUAAAAGAUAUGAAAGAGAGACAGUUGACUUUUCAGGAGAUAGGAGAACGGGCUACAAGAAGAGAUGGAGCCCCGAGUACAGUGAAGACAGGUGGAGUCAUGCUGCCAGCGAGGGGCCUGGUAACUACAAGGAGCAGUACCAGUCCAGGGACGACGGAUAUAGAUACAAUCAGCGUUGGAAUCACCACGAGGGGGGCAGGGGGAGGAGAAGAUGGGGUAGUAACCAGUUCGUCAGAGGAGGUGGACGUGGCCGUUUCAAUAAUUACAGGGAGCAAAACUUUCAUGAUCAAAAUCGAGGGGGUUUUCAAAGUUAUGUAAACCCUAAGAGAUUGCAGCCGUAUGCCAGAGACAGGUCCAGGGAUAGGGACCGGUCCAGAGAUACAUCAAGAGAAAGGGAAUGGUCAAGAGAUAGGGACUGGUCGAGAGAUGGGUCUAGGGACAGGUCCAGAGAUAGAUCUAGAGAAAGGGAAUGGUCAAGAGAUAGGGACUGGUCAAGAGAUAGGUCUUGGGACAGGUCCAGAUCAAGGGACAUGUCAAGAGAUAAAUCCAGAGAUAGGAAUAGGUUAAGAGAAAGGUCCAGGGACAGGUCAUUGGAACCGAAGUCAAAUGUAACAGAAAAUGAAAGGCCUUCACAGCUCUUACCAUCAAAUUCCAACAAAAUGACCGACCCGGCGCUAACUCAACCCUUGAGUGUCUCAGAAGUCGGGAGGCCUUCACAGCUCUUACCAUCAAAUUCCAACAAAAUGACCGAUCCGGCGC